AUGUCUACGAGAUCUACGCAGCUGUCAUGUCCAAUGCUAAAAAAGAUUUUACAAAUGGGGCGUAGUACACUUUUUGCCAAGUAUUCUAAGCGAAAUACUUCUGAUGGCCAAGCGUCCCAUGAUGAUUUCAAGGAUGUUUUGUCAGAAGAUCAAAUCCUCGCGUAUAUACAUUAUCCUCCAACAUUUUAUAGACUUCAUGUUCAUUUUAUGCACGUCGAUUCUGGAGACAGCUAUGGUACAAUCGCAGGUCGAGCACAUAUAUUAGAAGAAGUUAUUCGUAAUCUUGAGCAAAACGAUUUGUAUUAUGCUGAACGUACAAUCACAAUCUUUCUACACGAUCGUAGUCCCAUGUUUGUCGCUGUUUGUGAAGACAGUUGCCAAAAGUCUACUGAAGAUCCAAUUCCCAGUUAG